AACAUGCUAGGUAAAUCAUGCUUAAUGAUUCCAAAGGUCAUAGAAGAAGCAAUAAAAUGUCUGUAAUUUAACACACGGACAAGAACAGAACACAAGAAUACAACCUCUACUCGUUACAGGAUUAAACCACGAAAGUUUAAGACCAUGACUGAGGGCUUCACGAUUGUGACCUAUGUGAACCCAUCAACGUUGGGUCAAACUCCCCAAAGAGAAAAUGCAUCUACACCACCAAUACUUGAGUUUCUGAAAGGCCACCCAAAAGCACUGGGGACGGUCCAAAUAAUGAUUGGGGUGAUGACAAUUCUGUGUGGAAUCGUGUUGGCCUUCAACCAGUAUCCACCCAUUGGUGUUAUCAGUGGAAUUGUCUACUGGGGACCGCUGAUUUCCAUCAUCACUGGCUCUCUGUCUGUUGCAGCAGAACCAAAGGUUCAUCCCUGUUUGGUAAAAGGCUCACUGGGAAUGAACGUGGUCAACGCUAUAUAUUCAGGAACAGCCAUCAUCAUCCUUAGUGUUGACUGUAUCAUACAGCUAAUGUGCACAGACUGCUACUGGCAAGGAUCUGUAGUGACAAGUGGAAUCUCUGGCGUGCUGGCAGUUCUGUCUUUUCUUCAGUUCUCCAUCUCCAUCUCCCUCUCAGCAUUUGCCUGUAAAGCCACCUGCUGCUCCGAACCAACGACUGCAAUUUGA